GCCGCGUCCACGCGCGCACCUGCCCCGCGCGGCCCCAGGUGUCCCAUCCCCGUCGCUCUCACCUGCCGGGGCCGCGGGGAGGACGCCCGGAGAGUCCGGAGUGGGCGGAGAUGAUGUUUCUGGACUCAGUGGUCUUUGAGGACGUGGCUGUGGACUUCACCCAAGAGGAGUGGGCUCUGCUGGAUUCUGCACAGAGGAACCUAUACAGAGAUGUGAUGCUGGAGACCUUCCAGAACCUGGCCUCACUGGAUUAUGAGACACAAUUUAAAACCAUUGGGUCAGUUUCUGAACAGAAUAUAUAUGAGGAAGAAAUAUCUGAUAAACAGAAAAAUUGGGAGGACCAUAGUAUUGAAGAUCAGCACAAAAAACACGGGAGAUAUCUGAGGCGAGUUGCUCUCACAAGAGAAGGCAGUAAUGUCUCAGGAGAGAAUCUUAAUAUGCCAUGAAAUAUAAAAAAGGAAAAUUACAGGGCCAGCUCUGUGGCCUAGUGGUUAAGUUUGGUGUGCUCUGCUUUGGCAGCCCAGGUUUGGUUCCCAGGUGCAGACCUACACCACUUGGCAGUGGCCAUGCUGUGGCAGUGACCCACAUACAAAAUAGAGGAAGAUUGGCACCGAUGUUACCUCAGGGCCAAUCUUCCUCAAGCAUAAAGAGGAAGAUUGGCAACAGAUGUUAUC